CAAAGCAAAGAGCCACCACCAUCACCCUGUUUAACCCAACUUCAAUUUCGCUCACAUUUUCAAGUUUCAACCUACCAUGUCGGCAAAGGAUUGCAGCCACAAUAGCAAAAGCCGCCGGAAAUUAUUCCGAAGAAUCAUAGCCGGCAUUCUCAUCUUCCUCCUUAUUGUUCUCAUCACAAUCCUUAUCAUUUGGGCUAUCCUUCGUCCCAGCAAGCCCAGAUUCAUCCUCCAGAACGCCACCGCCUACGGUUUCAACGCCUCCGUCCCCAACAUCCUUACCUCCAGUUUCCAAGUGACCGUGUCGUCUCGGAACCCGAACGAUAGAACCGGAAUAUACUACGACAGGCUCAACAUCUACGCCACGUACAGGGACCAACAAAUCACACCCCGCACUUCAAUCCCUCCUACUUACCAGGGUCACAAGGAGGUAGACGUUUGGUCGCCUUUCAUUAACGGGAACAUGGUCCCUAUCUCGCCGGACUUCUCCGUGGCUUUGGGGUCCGAACAGGCAGCAGGGUCGGUUUUCCUAACGAUAAAGAUUGAUGGACGGGUGAGAUGGAAAGUUGGAGCUUUCGUUUCUGGAAGAUACCAUCUUUACGUUAGAUGUCCAGCAUAUAUUGCUUUGGGAAGCAAAAGUAGCAAUCAGUUUGUUACUAGAUGCAGCGUUAGUGUCUGAAGCUCGAAUCAGGAAAGGACUAAGAGG